AUGGCAAUUAUCUUAGUUACAUGUUGCAUAUUGCUUUAUGUUGUUGAGUGUGUUUCUCUUCCUCAGGCUGGGAUUAGUGUGCCACUGGAUGACAUAAAAGAAUGUUUCAAAUUUGUAUCUCUUGGUGAAAAACUCAAAGCAGUUGGUGUUAAGGAGGAACAUGAAAAGAGGACCUAUCCAAUGCCAAAAUCAGAUGGGAAGCGGUAUGCUGGAUUAUAUACAGAUGUACGUGCAAUGAUACAGCCUCCACUUAAGUCAGCAUUUCAGGAACUGAAAGAGGAGCUAGAGGAAAUAGCGCAUGCCAAAGGUCGUAGUGCUCCUACAAGUCACUACCUGCUGCCAAGUAGAGAUAUAUAUGAAAAGACUUACGGAAUCAGUACAAAAUCAGACAAUCUGCCGCAGUGGAAGUCCUGGAUAACAACAACUGUAAGAUUUAACUAUAAAGUUAAAUGAAUAUUUAAUCCAG